AUGGCACCUGUCACUGACAAGCUUGCCCUUUCUUGUUUCAGGAGCAGGCAACCCAGCAGAGAAGUCCCCAGUCCCACCAAACGCCUCCACUCGAAACGCUCCUCCAUCAGCGGCGCUCCAAUGCUCAGCGCUUCCUCCCAAAACAACCACUCUCUGUUUUCCUUUGGCCGCAAUGGUACCGCUCCCAGUCCUGCUCCGCUAGAACAGGAUCCCUCAGCCGCCCACCACGACUUCCUGCCCCAGGUCAGCUUCGAUGAUCUCCAGAGCAGCCUAGAAUCCGCUUCGGGCGACUUCACGUUGACCCAGUUUCCCUCCCCCACCGGCGAGGGUAGCAUCCUGGAGUCCCAGGGACUGGCGGCGGCAACCAGCCACCCAAACCAGCAGCCCCCGGCCCCGGCCCAGGCCCAGACGCAUACGACGCGGUCACGCACAGGCUCCAUCCUCAGGAGGCCCAGCGUGUCUAACCGGCAGACCAGCAUCUCCUCGACCGCGUCCAACAUCCACAUGGCCUCCAUGCGUCUGGACUCGGUGCGAGAACCCUCCAUGAUCUUGGAGCCCCUGCCUCCUCCCCCGUUGACCGAGCCCCGGCCGUCUUCACGAUCGCCCUCGAUGCUUCCGCGGAAGACAGCGACCCCUUCCUCGCAAAGAACGACCCCCGAUCCCAACAGAAAGUCAUACAGCUCCGGCAUGUCUGUCGGGUCAACAACGAGCUAUAAUACUGUGAGGACGUCAACAGGCUCACUGCAGCCUCGCGCUCCUCCGAAUGGGGGCUCUCGUCUACCGGCUCCCAAGUCGGUGAACAACCUCCCGCCUCCCAGCCAAGAUGAGCCUGAGGACGUUCCUCCAGUACCUGCAAUCCCGAAAGCAUACGAAUCGCCGAAGGACUCGCCUGCCGAGCUACACUUCUUGGACAAGAAAAAGUCCAACCUCACACUUGAUGCGAGUAGUAUUCGCAGCACGUCAACAGGAAGUCUUUCUGGUGCGCCGGUCCACGAAGCAACGCCGGUGCAGCGCAAGCCGAGUGCUCGGAGGAUGGCCCCAAGAACAAAUCCAGAGCCAGAGAAGAAAGCCCAACCUGUGCAACCUGCGCAACCUGCGCAGCCCGCACAGCCCGUACAGCCCAGGAAGAACUUCAAAUCGAUGAACCUGCCACCACUUACCGUGGGACCGUUGAGCACCCCGACUGUCAACAAGAUAGCCAAGUUACAGAAUGACCAGCAAGGUCAGGCUCCAAGGAACAUCAGCUCCCCGCCGGCGCGGCAGACGGCAAAGACGCCAACCACGCCAAUGACGGCCUCGAGGAGCACUUUCUUCUCCAAGAAUCGGGCGGACAAGGAACUCUCCCACUUCCGCAGCAGCAGUUCUGUUCAUCAAGGCCGGAUAGAGAGCCCGCUGGUCCCCGACACCAGUAGCUCGGAAUCCAUCAGCGGCAGUAUGAUGAAACCCUCAGUCUCUCCUUACCUUUCCUCGUCCGUCCCCAAAGAUGGGGCAUUCGAACAAGCAUACUUCAAGAGGUCCCAGACCGGCACUGAAAUCCGCGACGCAGAAGAAGCCCCAAGCAACCCUCCCAUUGCCCAGUCAAAACCAUCUGGGCCUCGAGCUCAAAGACAGCCAUCCAAGUCUAUAUCGAAACCCCCGAUCAAGGCGACCCCGAAGUCGCCCACACAACAGUCCAGUCCUGAGGAGCCGGCCACUCCGUCGUCGAUGACGUCUUUGCGGAGGAAGCUGAGCUUAUCUUGGAAGCGCAGCAAUUCUAAGGCGGCUACUCAUGCACAAGAGAAGUCGGCCGACAACGCAAAGCAUGACGCGAUGCCUCCCCCUCGACUUCCGAUCUCUGCCACAACGGGGAAUAUGACGCACAAAUCCGGGAGUCCAGGCAUAUCAUCGAAGCCGAGCUCGUCUUAUCUCGAUUCUAAGAGGCGGAAGAGCUCUGGGUCGAGCCUCAACACUGUGAUGGCUCACGAAAGGAAGCGGAGCGAUGCUACGCAGGCCACGACGGUCAGGACAGUCAAAAACACUGCUGACGGUGCAGGGAACCGCCCAGCGGUGUCGCAUUCCUCGUCGGUCAUGCACAAGUUUCUCCGAUCUAAGCCAUCGACGGCAUCAGUACGACAUGCGGAUGUCUGGACCGCCGAUCUGGAUAAGGAUGACCUGAUAGCAGAGGAGGAAAUGAAGAAGCUGGGCAGUCGACGUAAGGAAACAGAGCUUGCCGCAAAGACCUUGGACGCUCUGCGUAAACGUGCUACGCCGAAGGAGCGCGUCAGCCCCCAAGACGCUAUUCGAAUAGCGAUGUUGAACAUUUACGAACGAGGCGAGAUCAUCGAUUACAACGACAUCUACUUCUGCGGCACACAGAAUGCGCAGAAGGUUAUUGGAGACCUCAACUCAGAUGUGCCAAACUUUGGCUAUGAUGAUGAACGUGGGGACUACAGCAUCGUCACAGGAGAUCACCUGUCCUACCGCUACGAGAUAAUCGAUAUUCUUGGAAAGGGAAGCUUUGGUCAGGUCGUGAGGUGCAUUGACCACAAGACUGGUGCUCUUGUUGCCGUCAAAAUCAUUAGGAACAAGAAGCGGUUCCACCAGCAAGCUCUCGACCCACAAAAUAAGCACAGUAUGGUCAACUUCACACACAGCUUCUAUUUCCGUGGGCAUCUUUGCAUUUCUACGGAGCUUUUGGAUAUGAAUCUUUACGAAUUCAUCAAGGCGAACGCGUUCCGCGGUUUCUCCUUGAAGAUGAUCAGACGUUUUACGAAGCAGAUGCUCAGCUCUCUGAAUCUGCUGAAACAGCACAAGGUCAUUCACUGUGAUCUCAAGCCUGAAAAUAUCCUCCUACGCCAUCCCAUGCACACAGAGAUCAAGGUUAUCGACUUCGGGUCGAGUUGCUUCGAGAACGAGAAGGUUUACACAUAUAUCCAGUCCCGGUUCUAUCGAUCGCCUGAGGUUAUUUUGGGCAUGUCUUACGGAAUGCCUAUCGAUAUGUGGAGUCUUGGCUGUAUCUUGGCUGAGCUCCUGACUGGUGUUCCGAUCUUCCCGGGCGAGAACGAGCAGGAGCAACUGGCUUGCAUUAUGGAGGUGUUUGGUCCACCAGAGAAGCACCUCAUCGAGAAGAGCACACGCAAGAAGCUUUUCUUUGACUCGAUGGGCAAGCCUCGUCUGACAGUCUCGUCCAAGGGCCGAAGAAGACGGCCCUCAUCGAAGACAUUGCAGCAGGUGCUGAAAUGUGACGACGAAGCGUUCCUCGAUUUCCUCGCCAGAUGUCUAAGGUGGGACCCAGACCGACGAAUGAAGCCUGACGAGGCUAUCCGCCACGAAUUUAUCACCGGCCAGAAGACCUCUGUACCCGUCGCACGAGUUAUGAACCGCGAACAGUCUCCGAUCAAGCGUCACAACACGAUUUCUACCCCACGCCCACUCCCAGAACCUCCAGCGGCAGCCACAUCCAUGAGGGUUUCCUCGAGCAUACGCCCCAAGGAUGCGACGAGCAUCCUUGGCUCGCCUGCAAAACCAGGCGCGGGCACCGUGCCAGGCUCUAGGAGAACGUCAGGUGCGGUUGGUGUUCCUCCCAAGCGGACCAGCACUGGCACGACUGGUUCCAAUGGUGGACCCCUGGGCAGCAAUCUUCCCCGCGCUGCGGGCCGGACGGUUAGUGCUAAGCAGGAUCUUGCGAGCGCAGGGGCUACAGCCGCGAUGAGUCGGAGAGCUGGGGUUUGA